AGGAUUGAAUGGUAAGUUAAAUUACCCUGAAUAAGGUAGACUUGAUUAUAUAUGCACAAUGCUGGAAAACUAAACACAAAGUUAAUGGCAAAUAACAGUUCAGAGAUCUCUGGAAAUGCAUUGUGAAAACCUAAGUAUUACUUUCGAGAACAGCAGAAAGCAGUAAACCGGCAGCCAACAUCAGGAAGACUGCUUAGAGACUCAAAGAAAAUUCUCAGCCCUUCAUUAUUUGAGAAGCGAAGGUCUGAUAUGCAACAACACUAAACCCUUUGCUGUAUCUGCAGCUGUGUGGCUGCAGCCACAGAAGAGUGCACGGAGCAGUGACCUAAGUCUGUAGCAUCCCUGAAGAUGUCAAUGAACAAUGCACCAAACGUAUUCUUGGAUCCGAAUGCAAAUCGGUUUCAAGUUAAUAUAAUUAAUGAAGACCAUGACAACAAUGAAACAACCCAAGAGGAUGUGGGCUCUGACCCACCACAUUAUGAAGAAACAUCUUUUACCGAUGAAACACAUAACAGACUAAGAAUCAGUUACAGACCAGGAAAAAGAGAAUUAUAUGACAAUUUCCGUCAAAAUGGGGAGAAAACAGAAGCUAGCUUACAUCCCUAUGAUACUCACAGUAAAAUGUAUUAUCUACAAACCUUUGGCCAUAACACAAUGGACCCAGUUCCUAAAAUUGAUUAUUAUAGAAACACUGGCAGUGUCAGUGGGAAUAAGAUCAACAGACCAAGCUUAUUAGAAAUUCAUGAACAACUGGCAAAGAACAUCGCCGUGAGCACCGGCUCCGUCGAGAGAGUGGCGAAUGGAGAAAGCAGCGCAGGAGAUGAGACAGCAGUCAGCAAGGAAGAAGAAAACAAAACAGGAUUUGUCAAGUUCGGAUGGGUGAAGGGUGUGCUGGUAAGAUGCAUGCUUAAUAUUUGGGGUGUGAUGCUCUUUAUUCGACUUUCCUGGAUUGUAGGUCAAGCAGGAAUUGGUCUUGGAGUAAUCAUAAUUCUUCUCGCCACGAUGGUAACCUCAAUUACUGGGUUGUCAACUUCUGCAAUAGCAACUAAUGGGUUUGUCCGUGGAGGUGGAGCAUACUAUCUCAUCUCAAGAAGCCUGGGCCCAGAGUUUGGUGGAUCUAUAGGCCUUAUCUUUGCAUUUGCCAAUGCGGUGGCAGUUGCCAUGUAUGUCGUUGGGUUUGCUGAAACAGUUGUAGAACUUCUUAAGGAGAGUGAUACACUGAUGGUAGAUGAGUCCAACGACAUCAGAAUCAUAGGGACCAUCACUGUGGUGUGUCUUCUCGGCAUCUCUGUUGCUGGCAUGGAAUGGGAAGCAAAGGCUCAAGUUAUUCUUCUAAUUGUUCUCCUUGUUGCCAUUGCAAAUUUCUUUAUUGGGACAGUCAUUCCUACCAACACUGAAAAGAAGGCAAGAGGCUUUUUUAAUUACCAAGCAUCAAUAUUUGCAGAAAACUUUGGACCAGACUUCAGAAGUGGAGAAGGAUUUUUUUCGGUGUUUGCCAUAUUUUUCCCAGCUGCCACUGGCAUUCUUGCAGGAGCCAAUAUCUCAGGAGAUCUGAAAGACCCACAAAGUGCCAUACCCCAGGGAACAAUGCUGGCCAUUGUGAUCACCACAAUUGCUUACAUUGCUGUUGCAAUAUGUGCAGCCUCCUGUGUUGUAAGAGAUGCCACUGGGAACGUCAAUGAUACAAUUGUACCUGGAAUGAGCUGCAAUGGAUCAUCUGCCUGUGGCCUAGGCUAUGAUUUUUCCAGAUGUGCAAGUCAGCCAUGUGAUUAUGGGCUGAUGAAUAAUUUUCAGGUGAUGAGCAUGGUGUCUGGCUUUGGUCCACUCAUCACAGCUGGCAUCUUCUCAGCUACUCUGUCAUCAGCUCUAGCAUCUCUUGUCAGCGCACCCAAAGUUUUCCAGGCUCUUUGCAAGGACAAUGUCUACAAAGGGCUAGAAUUCUUUGCCAAAGGAUAUGGAAAAAACAACGAGCCGAUCAGGGGAUAUGUCCUCACUUUUGUGAUUGCCAUGGCCUUCAUUUUGAUUGCUGAACUGAAUACCAUUGCUCCCAUCAUCUCCAAUUUCUUCCUGGCUUCAUACGCUUUGAUUAAUUUCUCCUGCUUUCAUGCCUCAUAUGCAAAAUCUCCAGGAUGGAGACCUGCAUUCAGAUAUUAUAACAUGUGGGUGUCACUGUUUGGAGCCCUGCUGUGCUGUGGGGUGAUGUUUGUCAUCAACUGGUGGGCAGCUCUCAUCACUUAUGCCAUUGAGCUCUUCCUAUAUAUUUAUGUAACAUAUAAGAAGCCAGAAGUAAACUGGGGCUCCUCUACCCAGGCUCUGUACUUUGUUAAUGCCUUAGACAGCGCUCUGGCGUUAACGACAGUGGAAGACCAUGUUAAAAACUUCAGACCCCAGUGCUUAGCAUUAACAGGAGCUCCUAUGGUCAGGCCUGCUCUGCUGGACAUCACCCACGCCUUCACGAAGAACAACGGGCUGUGUAUCUGCUGUGAGGUGUACACGGGACCACGCAAGCUGUGUGUUAAGGAGAUGAACAGUGGCAUGGAAAAAAAGCAGGCCUGGCUCACAAAGAACAAAAGAAAAGCCUUUUAUGCAGCAGUGGCAGCUGACAGCUUCAGAGAUGGAGUCAAAAGUCUACUUCAAGCCUCAGGCUUGGGAAGAAUGAAACCAAACACCCUGGUGAUUGGAUUUAAGAAGGACUGGAGAAGUGCACCUGCCACUCAAGUUGAGAACUAUGUGGGCAUUAUACAUGAUGCCUUUGAUUUUGAGCUCGGUGUAAUUAUCAUCAGAAUUAGCCAAGGAUUUGAUAUAUCGCAGGUCCUUCAGGUUCAAGAGGAAUUAGAGAAGCUGGAGCAGGAGAGAUUGGCACUCGAAGCCACCAUUAAAGAAAAUGAUUUUGAAGAAGGAAAAAGGGGUAUCUGUGGAUUCUUCAAAAAAGCCAGCACACUGAAUAUCUCAAAACACGAAACAAAGAAAGAGAGCACCAUUAACACCAUGCAGUCAAUGCACGUGGGUGAAUUCAAUCAGAGGCUGCUAGAAGCCAGCACUCAAUUUAAAAAGAAGCAAGGAAAAGGUACAAUUGACAUUUGGUGGCUAUUCGAUGAUGGAGGUCUAACAAUCCUAAUUCCUUACAUUCUAACUAUCAGGAAGAAGUGGAAGAAUUGUAAAUUAAGGAUCUUCACUGGAGGAAAAGUCAAUAGGAUUGAAGAAGAAAAACUAGUGAUGGCUUCACUCCUAAGCAAAUUCAGAAUAAAAUUUGCUGAUAUUAAUAUCAUUUGUGAUAUCAAUAUAAAGCCCAACAAAGAGAGCUGGAAAUUCUUUGAAGAGAUGAUUGAACCAUAUCGCCUCCAUGAAAGCUGCAAAGAUAUGACAACUGCUGAGAAAUUAAAGCGAGAGACUCCAUGGAAAAUUACAGAUGCAGAGCUGGAAGCAUUCAAGGAGAAGAGUUACCGCCAAGUCCGUCUGAAUGAACUCUUACAGGAGCACUCGAGAGCAGCCAACCUCAUUGUCCUGAGUCUCCCUGUGGCAAGAAAAGGAGCAGUGUCUGAUUACCUGUACAUGGCUUGGCUAGAAAUUCUCUCCAAGAACCUUCCUCCAGUCUUAAUGGUCAGAGGCAACCACAAAAAUGUACUGACUUUCUAUUCUUAGAAAAAACAUCGGUGCCUGGAAUAUGCCUUGCUUGAUUCCAGCAGCUACAUUUUUAAUGGAAAUUGUUCAAAGACACACUCAUUUAAUACAAACCUAAAAUUUUAAUAAUUGACAGAUUUUUUUUUCUCAAAAAUCCAAAGCAAAGAAUUAGACAAAAAAAUGUAGAUGGUCCCUGCUGGUGUUACACCCCAGUACAGGCAAAAGAAGGAAAAUCUACCUGCAUGUCAUAUGAGACAGCAAAUAUUUUGAACACACAAAGGAGAAAUUCUUCUGAUUUUAUAAAGUAUUGAAGAAGUUGUUGAUAUUUACCAUAGAAAGCAAAAAUUACUUGUGAUAAACCAAAAGAUUAAAUCUCUAAUAAUUUUUUCAAACUGCAGUAUCAUAGUUGCUAAUGGGCACACAGUAGGAUCCAAAUGAAAUGCACCAACUUAUGAGACAAAAACCUGUAUGGCAUCCAUCAGGUGUAAGUCAUGAACGGAUAGAAUGCAAGUAGAAUACAUGCAAUGAUUUUUGAUUGUAAUAUUACCAAAUUAGGACCUAUGCCUACAGCAGAUGCUUUUACUUAAAAUGUUCUGCUAAUUUAAAUUAAUUCAAACACUUCUAAUUCAGUCACAAAAAAUUAGAUAUAUAAAAAUAUGGACUUUGUUACAAGACUUGAUAAUGCAUUUUCAAGUUCUGACAUGCAAUGGAAUGUGUGAUUGAAAUAAUUAAAUGUUGUAAGUAAAUUUCACCAAAAAAUCAAUAAAACACUAAAUAUUCUGACAAUUUUUGCUAUGAAUGUUAGAGUUAAUACAAUCUGACAUUAUACAUUGGGAUAAUAUGUACAGUGAUUUAUGUGAUUAGAAAACAAAAACUCGUUAGCUGAGUUGAAUGCCUUACUUUUGAUUUUUAUAAAAGAUUUCUCUGGUUUUUUGACUUUCUAAAUAAUAUUAAUUAUACACUAACUUAAAAUAAAGGCAAUUCAUUAAGUUGUGUAAUUUUUCUAUUUUCUACUCUGCAACAUUAUGGUACUUUAUAAUUUCAGCUGUCAAGAAAAGCAGCUUCUCUUUUUAAUGGGUAAAGCUAUAUCCUGCGUGUAAGCAAUAUUUAAAUUAAAGGCCAUCAAGGAA